CGACCAGGCCUAAGUUAAUUUUUUGGAGCAGUCUUACAUCACCAGCGCGCGACGCGACUUGGACUUGGGGAGCGAACCCUGGGGCCGUUCUGAGGAUCCAAACACACUUUUCCACCAGCCACAAUGGAUGACGAUCUAUACGACGAGUUCGGCAACUUCAUUGGCGAAGAGGUCGAAGCCUCCGAGGAAGAGUCCGAACAUGGCGUCGACGUGGGCAACUAUGCCUACGACGAGUACCCCGAGGCGGCCCCAGAAGCUCCCGCCGAGGAGCGCAUGGACAUCGACGAUGAAGGGCCAUCGAAUGCCGUCGUCCUGCACGAGGACAAGCAGUACUAUCCGACCGCGGCGCAGGUGUACGGAGAGGGCGUCGAGACGCUGGUGCAGGAGGAGGAUGCGCAACCCCUGACGCAACCCAUAAUUGCGCCCAUCGAGCAGAAGAAGUUCAGCAUUGAGGAGGCAGACCUGCCGCCCGUCUACUUCGACCGCAAUUUCAUGACCGAUCUCAUGAACUACCCGGAACAGAUCCGCAACAUCGCACUGGCGGGCCAUCUGCACCACGGCAAGACGGCCUUCAUGGACAUGCUCGUCCUCGAGACGCACGCCAUAACGGACAGGUUGGAGAAGCGGACAGGGAAGAAGCGCGACGAGCAGCUCAGGUACACGGAUACCCAUGUGAUUGAGCGGGACCGGGGCCUGUCCAUCAAGGCCGCACCCAUGAGCCUCGUGCUCUCCAGCAGCAAAGGGAAAUCGCAUCUCUUCAACAUCAUCGACACCCCCGGGCAUGUUGACUUUGUCGACGAGGUGGCCGCGUCCCUCCGGCUGGUGGACGGCGUGUGUCUGGUGGUUGAUGUGGUGGAAGGGGUGCAGGUUAACACGGAGCAGAUCAUCAAGCACGCCGUCCUUGAGGAUAUCCCCCUCACCUUGGUCGUGAACAAGAUGGACCGGUUAAUCCUUGAGCUCAAGCUGCCACCCAACGACGCCUACUACAAGCUGAAACACGUCAUCGAGGAGGUCAACACCGUCAUUGAGAACACCAUUCCUGGGCGAGGCGCGGAGAGGAGGAUUAGCCCGGAGAAGGGGAAUGUGCUCUUCGCCUGCACCUCCAUGGGAUGGUGCUUCACGUUGCGGUCGUUUGCCAAGAUGUACUCGGACAGCUUUGGCGGCGUCAACGUUGACGAGUUUGCUCGGCGCUUGUGGGGCGAUGUCUACUUCAACCCCCGAAAACGGACCUUCACAAGGAAAGCCGUUGAGGAGGGUGCGAAGAGGUCAUUCGUCAAUUUUAUCAUGGAGCCGAUAUACAAACUCUUCUCUCACACGAUCAGUGAGAGCCCCGAGGAUCUGAAGGGGACGCUCGGGAAGCUGGGAAUCCAGCUGAAGCCUUCUCAGUAUAAGGCAGAUGCAAAGGUCUUAUUGAAGCUAGUCUGCGAGCAGUUCUUUGGGCCGUCGACCGGGUUCGUUGACAUGGUCUGUCAGCAUAUUCCCUCACCAGUUGAGGCUGCCGAGAAGAAGCUGGCGCAGUACUACACCGGCCCCAUGGACACCAAGGUCGCAGAGUCGAUGAAGAAGUGCGAUCAGAACGGGCCACUUGUCAUCCACGUAACCAAGUUGUUCAACACCACCGACGCCAAGAGCUUCUACUCGUUCGGGCGCGUCAUGAGCGGCAUUGCGCGGCCAGGAAUGGAGGUCCGGGUGCUUGGAGAGGGCUACUCUAUCGACGACGAGGAAGACAUGGUGUUGGCGAGGGUCUCAGGCGUGUACAUCGCCGAAACGCGCUACAACAUCUCGACAGACGGCGUGCCAGCGGGUAACUGGGUCCUCUUGUCAGGUGUUGACAACUCGAUCGUCAAGACAGCCACCAUCGUCGACAAGAAAGUCGACAAUGACGAGGCGGCCUACAUCUUCAAGCCAUUAUCCCACUUUACCGAGUCUGUCCUCAAGGUUGCCGUGGAACCCAUUAACCCGUCCGAGCUGCCAAAGAUGCUCGACGGCAUCAGAAAGAUUAACAAGAGCUAUCCGUUGGUUGCGACGAAAGUCGAGGAGUCGGGAGAGCACAUCGUGCUCGGCACGGGCGAGCUGUACAUGGACUGCGUGCUCCACGACCUGCGCCGCCUCUACGCCGACAUGGAAAUCAGAGUGUCCGACCCGGUCGUCCGUUUCUGCGAGACAGUGCAGGACAUGUCGGCUACGAAAUGCUACGCCGUCACGCCUAACAAAAAGAACACAAUCACCAUGGCGGCCGAACCGCUCGACGAUGGGAUUGCCAAGGACAUCGAGUCAGGCGCGGUGAAGAUACGGGACCCUCCGCGGAAGACGGCUAAGUUCUUCGAGGAGAAGUACGGAUGGGACAUGCUUGCCGCCAGGAGCAUCUGGGCGUUCGGGCCCGACGACAUGGGCCCGAAUAUACUCCAGGAUGACACAUUACCAACAGAGGUUGACAAGAAGCGGCUAAACACGGUCAAGGAAUCGAUCCGUCAGGGGUUCAGUUGGGCAACCCGAGAGGGGCCUCUCUGUGAAGAGCCCAUACGCAACACCAAAUUCCGACUCAUCGACGUCUCCCUCGCACAAGAAGCCAUCUUCCGCGGCGGGGGGCAGAUCAUCCCCACGGCGCGCCGGGCCUGCUACAGCUCCUUCCUGAUGGCGUCGCCGCGGCUGAUGGAGCCCGUGUACUCGGUCUCGAUGACGGGCCCGCAGGACUCGGUCAGCACGGUGUACAACAUCCUGGCGCGGCGGCGCGGCCACGUGCUGUCGGACGGCCCGAUCGCGGGCACGCCGCUGUACCGCGUCAGCGGCCUGCUGCCCGUCAUCGACUCGUUCGGCUUCGAGACGGACCUGCGCAUCAACACGCCCGGCCGCGCCAUGGUCAGCCUCGUCUUCGACCGCUGGAGCAUCGUGCCCGGCGACCCGCUCGACAGGGACAUGGUCACCCGCCCGCUGCAGAUGGCCGCCCCGCUGGCCACCGCCAGGGACUUUGUCCUCAAGACCCGCAGGCGGAAGGGCCUGAGCGAGGACGUCACCGUCGCCAAGUUCUUGGAGCCCGAGUUCUACCAGAGCUUGAUCGAGUCGGGUACUCUGGAGGGGCUGUGAGGGCCUUUGGCUUCUUCUUCUUCUCUCCUUCCUCUUUCUGUUUCUCUCUCCUCUGCGUACGCCCCGCGUGGGUGAGCUCGAUCCGGGCGUUGGGCGUUCCGGGACUGGCAGGUCGUAGAUGUUCAAUGCGA